AUGACACGUCGAACCAUCCACCUCAUAGCAUCCCGCAAUGCCGAAGCUCAGCGGGCGCACUUUUCGAUCUUUGUUCCUGCCGAGGGGGCACCAGACCAAGGAACCCUGAUCGAGGCUGUAGGCGCACCGAUGGCCGGCUACAUGCUGGAAUUCCGACGCAACUAUUCUCCCACCAACGACGCCAUCGAGAACUACGAGAUGCUUCCGCUCGGCGAAAUUGACUCCGCCAACAUCGUCGAUGACCCAUCGGGCGUGAAGAGCGCGGAUGUCAACCCCAGGGAUGACCUCGAAGUCGCCGCUUCUCAAGUUCCUACCCCGGGGAUCGCCGAAAACUUCCUGGCACCAGUCAACGAUACUACCAACAAGCGAGACCAGGAGUGGACGAUGGAGUAUAUCCGCCACCUUGUUGGGAAACGCCUUAUCGGACCAGAAGCGAUCCAGAUCGUGCAUUCGAAACGAGAUCCACCAACCCACGGCCUUGGCUUCCAGCCUAGCCUGCGACGCUCGAUCUAA